AUUUGAUUGCUACUAAUAAUUUGCUAUACGCCAUUUUCCUCCAAUUUUCCAAAACAGAUAUCCAGCGAAAAAGAACCCGUCGCCGGCGAAUCAGCCGGCUUGCCCAACGGCCUAGUAAGUCAUGGUGACUCUAAGACACGGCGCGUAUACGAAACAGCUCGAUCUCUGCAUUCCGGUGCUGUGAAAGAUCUUCUAUCUCUCGGGGUCUGCGAGAGAUGUAUUUUCCGAUUGGUAGCCGUCGAGGCUUUUGAUUCCGAUAUUUCUUCAGUCUCGACUUCAACUCUUCACAGUUGGCUCAAAUCCGGUGAUGGUGAAACUGGUUCAUCGGAAUCUAGCUGUUCCAGAAUCUGCAUUGUUUGUUUAGGAUAACGGACUUGGUGAAGCAGGAUCGUCAUGAGUUCGAUAGCUUUGGUCUUGAAGUCUCUGUGCCAUCAACUAUCAUGGAGAAUGAACGUGCACUCUUGUCAUACCUUAAAGGAAAGUAUAGCACCGAAGUUUGGCUGCAACGCGACAAAUUUUCUGUAAAGGAUGCUUUGAAAGUUCUACUCUUGGAUCAACUUAAAGCAUCGUUGGGCGCUGAAUCAGAUUCAAGCUCUUUUCACAUCCGUUUGACAUACACUAAAGCAUCAGACGAGGCUCAGGGUGCUUCUGAAACAACGCAUGAAAGUAAGAGGAGGAAAACAGACGCAGAGAAUGGUUCAAACUGUAUUUCCGAGAAUUCAUUUGAAAAGGUGUAUGAACCAUGCAUCUUUUCAGUUCAUUGCAACAGGAUGCCUAUCUUUUUUAGUGGGAGAUACUUCAAAUACUCCAGAAAUGUUAGUCAAUCACGAUGGAUUAUUGAUGAUGAAAGAAUGGGAGAAGCGUCUGUUGAGGAGAUAAUUGGUGGAAACAUUCUUCCAGCAUGCCUUGGGGAUUCCUACAAGUUCCAUGCUGCUGGCAGAGAAGAUAUUGAUGUACGAAUGUUGGGUUCAGGUAGACCUUUCUUGAUCGAGGUUCAGAAUUCUCGCCAGUUGCCGUCUGAACAAUCAUUGAAGGAAGUUGAAGAAAAGAUAAACAAGUCAGAGAAAAAACUAGUCGGAGUAAAAGACCUUAAAUGUAUCGGAAGUCAGUGUUGGGCAAUGAUGCGCUAGGGAGAAGCGGAGAAGCAGAAGCAGUAUGUUGCACUUGUAUGGAUUUCUCGUCCACUUGAAGAGAAAGACUUCAACUCAAUUCCUUCCCUGAAAGAAUUGAAAAUCUUGCAGAAGACACCAGUUAGAGUGCUUCACCGACGAAGUCCACUGGACCGUGAAAAGAUUAUACAUUGGAUGAAAGUUGAAAAGAUAAAAGGACACUCUAACUACUUUCUAUUGCAUCUGUGCACCCAGGCUGGAACAUACAUCAAAGAGUUUGUUCAUGGAGAUCUUGGUCGUACCACUCCCAGCAUGGGAUCAAUUUUAGGGUGCAGAGCGGAGAUAAUACAACUAGAUGUGACUGAUGUGAAAAUGGGCGACCCAUGAAUUGCCAAGUAAAAGCCCGAUGCUCUUCUUCCUUGUUUAAUUUGUAGCCUUCCUUUACGGGAAAAUUCAUUUUUGCCAUAAUUUUUUUAAAAUAAAAAAAUAUCGAUUGGUAAUAAAUACUGUAUUAAUUAUUUCAAAAGUUAUUAAUCAAAUAACAAUGAAUAUGCCA